GUGAGGGACGUGGUGUGAAGAUCCGAGGGUUGUGCUUCGGUCGUGAGAAAAAACUAAGAUGGCGUCUCGUCAAGAAAGAUAGGAUGGCUUGAAGAGAGUGAUGAUGUUGGUCGGGAAAUGAUUGAUAACGACAUAAUUGAUAAAGUUUGAGACUCUGGCUUACAAUCAAACGAAACCCCGCCAUUCAUGUUUUGAAGCCGUGUGUUUGAACUGAGCGGAGUAUAUGGAGAACUGAGGCUGACAAACGGUCAACUUUGCUAGCAGCGUUAGCUAGCCAACUGGACCGAGCACAGCUGGCCAACGUUAGCUAACCAACAGUCAUCACAACAACAGAGGAAGGAGAGCGGCCACCAGCCCUGUCAUACCCCGGGACAUCGAGGUGUCUUCGGGGCGAUGGAAGGGGAAGAGUUUGUACCUCCUCCGGAGUGUCCAGUGUUUGAGCCGUCAUGGGAGGAGUUUCAGGACCCGCUGGGCUACAUCGCCAAGAUUCGUCCAAUCGCAGAGAAGUCUGGAAUCUGCAAAAUUCGACCUCCGGCGGACUGGCAACCACCGUUUUCAGUGGAGUUGGACACUUUCCGCUUCACACCGCGCAUCCAGAGGCUCAAUGAGUUGGAGGCGGAGACCAGAGUGAAGCUUAAUUUUCUGGACCGCAUUGCCAGGUUUUGGGAGGUCCAGGCAUCGUCCUUGAAGAUCCCACAUAUUGAAAGGCGCAUCCUCGAUCUCUUCGGCCUGUCGAGGAUUGUGACGGAUGAAGGAGGUUUUGAGAUGGUGUGUAAGGAGCGGCGCUGGGCUCGUGUGGCCCAGAGGCUCGGCUACCCUCCAGGCAAGAACAUCGGUUCUCUGCUGCGCUCGCACUACGAGAGGAUCGUCUACCCCUUUGAAAUGUUCCAGUCCGGUUCCAGCGUGCCGGUAUCUCUCUACACAUUCUCCUCUUCCGUUCUGUGUUUCCACGGUGAUCAGUUUACAGAUGGCACUGAAGAGUCUUUGAAGCUUUUACCUCGUCGUGCUCUGUUGCCUGCAGACAAGCAGAGAGAGUGGGGGAGUGCAUUUACCGUCGCGCCCAAGGGGAGAAGCCAAGAAGUAUCCUCCAAUCAGCCGCUGCUGCUGAUGAGAUUCAUCACUGACCUGAGACCAGCGCUGCUCUAA